AGUGCCCCUUCGCAGAUGAAGAAAGCUACCAAGUGGGGAAUAGGAGGCGCCGUAGUUCUAAUUAUCGCCAUCGUCGCCGUUGUUCUAGGUGUAGUCUUACCGGGCAGAAAGAAGGAGGAUAAAGAUGAAGAACUUCCUGUCAUGUACUUUGCCAUGCAUCUCGGUGAUGCAGCACCUGCGCGAUCUCCGCGAAUGUCAGGGCAAUUCCAAAAUCUUAUGGAGGGCGAAUGCAGUCUUGAUUUGGUAUGCUUUUAUAGAAUUUUCCAGAAUGAGUUCAGAUAG